ACGGGUGUGAACAACUUGGACACACAGCAGGCCCAUCUCAUGGGGAUUGAGCCAUGUGGAAUGCUGUUCCACCGGUGCAGCCUCCCGCCCAUGGCAGCUUCGUGCCCCAGGUGGUGCCUGCCCCGCCUGCCUUUGGUACGCCGGUAGCUUUUCCACAAGUUGCCCCGCACGCGCAUUUGCAUCCACCUCCGUUCCAUGCGUUUCCACCUCCGGAGCCGCCGGGGCUACCAUCCCUUGGAUCGCUGGGACUGGGAUCUGGUCUACAUGUGCCAGGGCCACCCGGACCCCCAGCCUUCCCACCAGGGCCAGGCUUCUUGCCUGGCCCCCCAGGCCCCCCCGGCCCCCCAGGCCCCCCAGGCCCCCCCGGCCCCCCAGGCCCUCCGGGCUUGCAAGCCUUCCCCCCACUAACCCCGGCUCCCGUUCCGGAGCUUCCCCGGACGCUGGGGGACGCGGAGGUGAAGGCCGCUGCCUCCAACGCCUUGACGAAGUUUAUCAAAGCCUUGGACUCCGACGCCGCCGAGUCGGCGUCCGCCAGCCGCCGCAGCCGCAGCCGCAGCCGGCGUCGGAAGCGCAGCCGCUCGCGGCGGAAGAAGAGCCGCAGCAAGGACCGCGACCGCGAGCGGUCGCUCCUGGAGCCGCCACCGGCACCGAGGAGCAAGUGGGAUGAGGCCAAACAGCCGGCCUGGAUGCAAGACAUGGUGGAGGCCAUGAAAAAAUCCGAAUCGGCGCCACCGCCCGCCCCGGCGCCGAAGAAGACAGAUGCAGAUCGACCCAGGGGCCAUAAGGUGAUUGAGCUGCCAGCACACCUCAUUCGGGUACUGAUCGGAAAGGCCGGAUCUACCAUCCGAGAGGUUACAAGCAGAAGCGGUGCAGACAUCAAGGUGAACCACUUGCCGCACGAGCCGCAGGGCAGCAUCUCCGUGGUUGGGGAUAUCGAUGAAAGAACGGAGGCUGUGAUUCAAGACAUCUUCCGAGCCCGAGGAUGCAAGUGGUCACCGACUGGCACCCCGUUGGCUGACCAAAGUGAGGAGGAUGUGAAGAUUCCCGCUGAUCUCGUCGGGCUCUUCAUUGGCAAGGGGGGCGAGACCAUCAAAGAGCUGCGCGAGAGGUGUGGGGGCCAAGUCUCCAUCACCAUCCAGCCAUCCUCCACGCCCGGGGGCAUGCAGGGCGUACGCGUGGUGGGUGACAACUGGAAGGUGGCGAAGGCACUGGUCCGUGCCAAGAUCGAGGAGUUGACGAUUUCGAAGAAUUUCAAGAGUCCGGGCACAGGCGUGCAACAGGCUAUGCCAACAUACAACCUGUCGUGAA